CUUUCUGUGACAAACCACAGACAAACGUUUGCUGCAAACACAGAAACUGGCACGAAGACAGCCCUCACCCCAUACCGACGGGGAGCACGCAUCAUCACAACGAGCGACACAAACAUGGAGGUAAACACGUUUCACCCCGUCCUCUCUGGUAAUCACAGCCACCCCAACAGCAGCUGUUCCCGUGACAACGCCUUUAAGACGGUGGUAUUACCCGUCCUGUACUCUUUACUUUUCCUGGUUGGAAUGUGUCUGAACUGCGUGGCAGCCUGGGUGAUGUUCCGCAUACCCUCCCGGUCUCACUUCAUCAUUUACCUGAAGAAUAUUGUUGCUGCUGAUCUCAUCAUGACCCUGACCUUCCCUUUCAAGGUGUUAUCAGACUCCAACACGGCACCCACCGUCCUACGGAUCUUUGUCUGCCGCGUCUCCUCGGUGCUGUUUUACCUCACCAUGUACAUCAGCAUCCUUUUCUUUGGCCUCAUCAGUAUUGACCGCUGCAGAAAAACCCUAAAGCCAUUUACAGGAAGUCACUCGGGCCGGCUGGUCUGGAGGAAGCUCCUCUCAGGAGCCAUUUGGGCCUUUCUGCUCACCCUCUGUCUGCCCAAUGUGAUCCUCACGCACAAAACUCCCCCUUCUCGGUAUUUUAAGUGCAGCGACCUGAAGGCAGAGGGUGGCCUUUACUGGCAUGGGCUGGUAAAUUAUGUCUGUCAAGUGAUUUUCUGGGGCAACUUGUUGACCGUGAUAAUAUGCUACACUUUAAUCAGCAAGGAGCUGUACAAGUCCUACUCCCGUACCAAGUCCCAGAACACUGUGCAAAACGUGUCCUUGACAUCAAGUGGGGGAAAAACUCGGAAGCCUCACCAGUCCAAAAGAAAAAUCCACGUGAACGUAUUCCUGAUUCUGGGGGUGUUUUUUGUUUGUUUUGUGCCUUUUCACUUUGCUCGAGUCCCGUACACCAUGAGCCAGACCGAGCGAGUUACGUUUGACUGCUCUCUCAAGCUUUUCUUCUUCCAGCUGAAGGAAAUCACACUUUUCCUCUCUUCCAUGAACUCUGUGCUGGACCCUCUGAUCUACUUUUUCCUCUGUCGGUCCUUCAGGACCAUGCUGUUUCAGACCCUACGGCUUCCCUCCGGUACGUGCAGCUGGGCCACAGGAAACAGAGUCAUCUGACUGCUCAUAAAACAAGUCCGCUGGACAUGAGGAAGACUCGGUGGGAACAUAUGCUGACAGAACGCCAGGGUUAAUAUGGAGGCCUGCUGUUCAGAAGUGGAUCAAAACAGAACCAAGCUUUGUUGUUGUAUUCUAGGAUUUAUGGGUUUUCGCAGAAAAGGAUGCCUAUACCACUUACUGAAUGCUUACUUACUACAUUAUGGUUUUUCUUUUACAACCAAUCAAUCAAUCAAUACUUUAUUAAUCCCAGAGGGAAAGUAGAGUUUCAGUACACACAAUUCAGAGAUCAGACAUACAUGGGCAAGACACAUGACAAGAAUUGGUGACUGUGGUCAUUCGCAACCGGAGUCGCACUACCUUAAUAGAGAUAAGAGGGUUACAUGAGGACUGGCUCAGGUGGAGGGAAAAAAAGGCACUUCAGAGUUACCCUCCACCGGGAGGUGGAGGUCAGGUUUUCACAGCAUCUGUCUGCAUUCCUUCGUGGGGGUUUUUAGUUGCUUGCAGCUCAAGACCACCAGGGCAUCAGAUUCAGAUAGCAAGAAUUUGUUUGGGUCAGGCUGAGAUAAUUUUCCUCUCUGCCUUCAGUCUUUAAACUGAUCAUUCCAGUCCUUCAGUGAAGCCAAUUUGGGGUUUUUAAACCUGUCCAUACCGUCCAGUGACUCUCUCCGAGAUGACAUCCAUUUUGCGCACUAAUACCGGUAUCGCAGCUAGAACAUUGUCCAGCUUACGAUUCACCUCGAGUAACGUCCCAGUCUGAGAGGUCUCCACACGGACGGUGCUUUCCGUGGGUGCGGGUUGCCCUCCAAUCGCUCUCGUCUUCCCAAAUUUCCAGAAAACCAGAUAUCCUCCCAUUCCAAUCAGGAGAAAUCCAGUGAUCAUCAGGCCGAACACGUCUUCGAUAUCCUCAAUGGACAGCUGGGAGAGGCAUAUGAUAUUCCACUCCUUCCAGGAAUCCAGCAUAUACCCCACCGGGUGUGUCCCCUGUGGACAUGUGGGAGCCCCCUGCUCCGUUCUCAUUGUUGAAAAGAUCUUAUCGAUCGCAUUGAAUGACCAGUUUAUCAGAUCCAUGGUUAAAAAUGGGGUUUUUCGGAAGAAAUGCAAAGAAGCGCUCUGUGGGCAGACAGGACAAAGAGCCUUGGGAAAAACAGAUAAGGGAGCGAAAGAGAAAAGCGUCUGUCCUCCUUGAGUGCCUGAAGAAACAUGUACAUGGAAUAUUUUCUCACCACACUGGAGAUUUGUUUUUCUGUUCCCAAUUCAAGUUCAUAGAAGCGUUAAGUUUCUCUUCUUUAUUAGAGUUUUACUGAUUCUCAGAAGAGGAAAUGGGAAAUAAGUCAUUUUAAAUCUGGAAAUAAUAGUCAUUUAGAGAAAAUCUAAAGGCUGUUAUGAUCUAUAUGUGGUACAGGUGAAACUCGAAAGAUGAGAAUAUUGUGCAAAAGUUCAUUUAUGUCAGUAAUUCAACUUAAAAGGUGAAACUGGACGAGCUAGAAUCGUUACAUGUUAAGUCUUUAUUUGCUGUACUUGUGGUGAUUAUGACUUACAACUUAUGAAAACCCCAAAUUCAAAAUGUCAGACAAUUAAAUUAAUUGAAAUAAAACCAAUAAAACAAGAAUUUUAAACAGAGAAAUGAAAAAGUUUAAUCUUGCAUCUGUACUCAUCACUCUGUUUGGGCCCCUUUCUACUGCAAUAAAAGACAUUUUGCGCACAAUAUUUAAACGUUCUGAGUUUCACCUGCUAACGUGCUAACUCCUAACGACUCUAUGCCUCAAUUGGCUCUUAGCUUGAUGGUGCAACCCCAAUGAUUUAAGAAAAUUCAGCUAUAAUCUGUUCAGUGAAUCCUAAGGUUCGCUAUUAUGGCUUCAUCUUUCUGCUCAAUAUCUGUAAAACUGACAAAGUCAAAGACAUUUUUGUAUUUUCUUUAGUCGGUUGGUUAUGGUAGCCAUCUUGAAUUGUAUUCAGUGGUCAAUGCAUAAUAUACAAUCUCUCUGAUAAAACUAAUUAUCUCAUGAUUAUGAGAUAGUAUCUCAUAAUAGUGAAAUAGUAUUUCAUUAUUAUGAGCCAGCCAAAUCAUAAUUAUGAGAUUUAUUUUUUCAUCAGAGUGGCAGGAAUGGGCUUCCAUACAAUGUACUGAUAUAUUAAAUCGAAAAUAUUACUGUCCACCUUUUAGCUUUAGUCAGUGAGUAAAUAACUCAAUUUUUAUUAUUCAGUGAUUUAUGCUCAAUUCUCAUCUGACCAAUAGAUACAAAUUGGUUUCUCAGCUACAACGAAUCAGUUUUAGUUGUCUAUGUUUCUCACUGGUGGGAAAAUAAAUCCCCAUAACAAAAUCCAACAAACACACCAGACUUAAUAAUAAUUUUCCUUAAUGGUUAUAUGGAACAUUACCGCGACAAAUGUCAUUUGACUUCCCGCCCAGAACUAGACAGAUUUGCAUGCCUCCAGCUGACAAGGCUGACAGUCAUUUGCAAUUUUAAGGAAUCCCAGAGUGGACAACACGGAGUUUAGAAGAUAACCUUUCUGAAUGGUGAGUGGAUUAAAACAAUUUAAAUGUCUUCAUUUAGGUACCAAAGUACAAGAAGAAGAUCAGAGGAUUGUAACUGUAAUAUGUGGGUCAUGUACAUGUCUGUAAAUGAGAAAAGAAAUCUUUUAUCAGAUGUUAAAGAUGCGAUUGGACCCUUGUUU